AUGGCCGCUAUAACAAGCACCGACACCCUCACAUCAUACUGCUCUACACACGGAAUAGCAGCCAAACUCCAUCAACAUGCAUCCACAGACUCGGUAGCCUCAUGGGCUGAAUCCAUACGCUCACUAGGUGCAUUCCCGGCCAAAUGCCUCGUCGUAAAGCCAAAAGGAAUCAAGACGGGCGAUCUGCCCAUACUCAUUGUCGCGUCUGAAGCUACCAAAUUGGAUUUAAAUGGGAUGGCUAAGUUGUUUGGUGGCAAGGAGGCGAGAGUUGCGGCUGACAGUGUCGUCGUGGAUGCUUUCAAGACUCCGAAAUUGGAUGUAACUCCAUUCGCAUUGGCCAAUGUACAAGAUCCAUCAACAGUCAUGGUCGUCUUGGACAAGGCACUGACUGAAUCAUCCGCUCCAAUCGCAUUCAGAGCUUUUGCUUCGACAGCUUCUAUCGCUGUCUCGAUCGCCGACUUGCAAAAGUAUCUCGCUUCUACCAAAGUGGAAGUCAAGACUGUUGAAUUUGCUAGCUUUGGAGGUGCAUCAGCUGCUGGUGCUGAAAAGAGUGCUGCAGCUAAAGCUCCAAAAGCUGCACCCGUAAAAGCUGAACCUUCAGCGGCUGAAGCUGAUGGUGACAAGUCUGUGUUGAUUGGAAUUGAUGUCAAGAAGAGUGAAAAUUUCCCUGAAUGGUACCAACAGGUGCUGAAAAAGUCGGAAAUGAUGGACUACUAUGAUAUUAGUGGAUGCUACAUCUUGCGUCCAUUGGCAUUCAAGAUUUGGAAGGAGAUUCAAACAUUCUUUGGCAAAUGCAUCGAGGACAGUGGCGUAGAAGACUGCUACUUCCCAAUGUUUGUGUCAAAGGCUCGUCUAGAGAGAGAAAAGGAUCACAUUGAAGGUUUUGCUCCUGAAGUAGCAUGGGUCACGAAGGCCGGAUCUUCUGACUUGGCAGAACCAGUUGCUGUAAGACCUACAUCUGAAACCGUUAUGUAUCCUUCAUAUGCUGAUUGGAUACGAAGUUACCGUGAUCUUCCUCUGAGAUUAAAUCAAUGGUGUAAUGUUGUGAGAUGGGAGUUCAAACAUCCUCAACCAUUUUUACGAACCCGCGAAUUCUUAUGGCAAGAAGGCCACACCGCAUUCGCCACCAAACCCGAAGCAGAUGCCGAAGUCCUCGAAAUCCUCGAAUACUACCGCCGCGUAUACGAAGAAGUACUCGCAGUCCCCGUAACCAAGGGCGUCAAAUCCGAAAAAGAGAAAUUCGCAGGUGGCCUUUACACAACCACCGUCGAAGGCUUUGUUCCUGCAACAGGUCGUGGCAUCCAAGGAGCUACAUCCCACUGUCUCGGCCAAAAUUUUUCGAAAAUGUUCAAUAUCACCAUACUCGAUGAUAACAUGCAGAGCUCAUUUGUAUGGCAGAACUCAUGGGGGCUGUCUACGCGUGCUAUUGGUGUAUGUGUCAUGGUACAUGGUGAUGAUAAUGGGUUAGUGUUGCCGCCUCGAGUUGCUGCGACCCAGGUUGUGGUUAUUCCUGUUGGGAUUACAGCAAAGACUGCUGUGGGUGAUAGGGAGGCUUUGAUGAACGCUGCUGAGGAUGCGGUGGCGAGGUUGAAGGCUGCUGGUGUACGUGCCAAGUUGGAUGCACGAGAUAAUUAUACGGCCGGAUACAAGUAUAAUCAUUGGGAACUCAGGGGCACUCCAAUCCGCCUCGAAAUCGGCCCCAAAGAUCUCUCCAAAAACGAAGCAAGAGCCGUCCGACGAGACAAUCGAGCCGCCAUGCAACUAUCCCUGACCCACAUAGCAGAUGCAUGCAAAACCCUCAUGACUACAAUCCAAUCCGAAAUGUUUGCCCGUGCCAAAGCCGAACGAGAUGCACACUUGAUACGGCUCGAGACUUUUGAUAAUUUCGUAAAGACGCUUGAUGCCAAGAAUGUUAUUCUGGCACCGUGGUGUGAGAGGGUUGCGUGUGAGGAGGAUGUCAAGAAGGAGUCUGCUAGAAUUACCGCAGCAAACCAAGCUGGUGCUGAAGAAGACGAAAAGGCUCCAUCUAUGGGUGCCAAAACACUAUGUAUUCCAUUUGCGCAACCAACUACAAAUCCAUUGCAGCCGGGGGUUACGAAAUGCUUCUUUUGUAACGAGAAUGCGACAAGAUAUGCAAUGUGGGGCAGAAGUUAUUAG